CAUGUUUCUGGAGACAGAAAUACCGCAAUGAAGUGCACGUCUGCGAACAGUUCCUGCGCCGUAGCGACUGCGCUGUUUAAUCGGUACGGAAUAGCGGUUGACUGGGGUGCUAUGGGACUGUUCUUAACGGAGGCAAGCACACAGCAGGUACGUGAUUCACAAGCCUUCUCUGUCCAUUGCUAGCCGUCGACACUUUUCGCCUUUGUUUACUCGGUUCCGUACGGUGACCUAACCUGACCUGAAACUCAUUAUUGCUAGCUCUCGUCCGCAACGCAGGCAAACAGCAUAUGCAUUUCGCUUUACCCGAAUUACAGCCUAUAAUACGUAGGAGGGCACAACUGAGCAACACGCUUGCUUAAUUCCAUCUUAGCUUCGAAGCCAAGGGGGCGCUCUUUUUCACACGCUAAGAUGGGUUGUGGCGCCUCCUUAGACAAGAACUCAUCGUCGGCAGUUGUGGACCCUGGGGGCCUGCGAGACAGAUCGCUUCCGCAAACCGUCAUACUACAAGAGGGCGUUGCAAGAGCAGGCGCACGCAACCCAAGUGAGCAGCAAAAGCAACAACAACAACAGCAUGCACAAGAAUCACAACAACAACAGCAACUCCAGCAGCAACAAGAGCUUCAGGAGCAGCAGCAGCUUCUGCUAGCUUCGUUACUCGCUGCAUCUCCGCGACCUACCUCUGUUUCACCCACAGCCUCCUCAGUCCCAGCCCCUCCAAGGCCCCCUGCCGUUUCUGCCCCCUCCGACCCACCACCACCACCAGCAGCAUCCUCCGCUGCACACGCCACCUCCGCCCGCCGGCCCGUCUCAGCCUCAGCUCUAGCCCCAACCUCCGCAGGCGCCGCGUCUACCCCGCCGCGCGCCGUCUCCGCCCGCGUCUCGAUUCCUCAGACUUGCGGGUCCAAUGCAUCUUCAGCACCGCAACCGCAACCCGCAUCAGGAGCAGCGCUAGUAGCAACACCACCGUCGCCAGCAGCAGCAGCAGCAGCUGCACCUGCAGCAUCGCCACCACCAGCACCUGAACUCCGUAUCGCAGCUGCUCAGGAGGAUGCGUCAACACCCUUGCCCGAAGAGGCAGCUGGCAGGGCUGAAGACCAGCAGGCACAGCAGCCUCAGCAGCAGGAGGAGGAGGAGGAACAGGAUGAACAGGAUGCCGAGCAGGAGAAGACUGCGGAGCAGCAGCAGCAGCCAAAGCUAGAGGAGGAGGAAAAGGAGCAGGAGGCUCAGACCCUGCUGGUGCCGCAGGCUGCUCUGGGCGCUAGCGUACCGUCCUCUGCUGCUGCAGUCCUCCUUCCGCCAGAAGAGGGCCAGCAGGAGCAGCAGCCCCAGCAGCAGCAGCCCCCGCCCCCGCCCCAGCCCCGCAUGGUGGACUGCGCCGUGUCGCUGCGGUUCCUUAUGGACUUCUGUGACAGCGUGCCGCAGGACAUGCCGACAUGGAAGGUGGUGACGGACGUCAUCGUGCCGGCCACUCGCGAGCGGCGGUGCCGCUACGUGGAGAUGAUCGACCCACGGGACGUUGGGCGCUGCGACUACUUCAUUAGUCACAGGUGGGCCACACCCUUCAGCCACCUGGUACACUACGUGCGCAAGCACCUGAUCGAACUGGGGGACGUGCGGGAGGCAGCGACAGCGGCAGCGACAGGGUCAGGAGCAGCGCCGCCCCCGGGAUCAGGAGCAGAUGCAGCAGAAGCAGAGGAAGCAGCAGGGGCGGCUGGGGCCGAGGAGGAGGAGGGCAGCUCUGAGGCUCAGCUGAGGGCGGACCAGGUGUUUGUGUGGUGCGACAUCUUCGCCAUCAACCAGCACCCGGGGCAGAUCCAGGCGGACGAUCUGAGUCAGCUCAAGGACUGUGUGGUGGCAUCCAAGCAGACGCUGCUGUGUCUGGAUGACCAGGGCAUGGUGCUGACUCGGAUCUGGUGUUUGUACGAGAUCUGGAACACCGUACUUGUGGGCGGUGCGCCCAAGCUUGCCGUACUCGGGUACGACGUUAAGCAAGAUGCCUUCAAGGAGGUGUACAUCACGCUGGAUGUGGGGGAGGCGCAGGCCACAGUGGAAUCGGACCGAGUGCGAAUUCUGGCGGACAUUGCGGCGUCAACGGGCCUACAAGAGCUUAACCUGGUCAUCAAGAGGGCUCUGAUUGAGAGCACGCAGGCGGAGGCCGAGAAUGCGCAGAAGGUGCUGCUGCCCAGUGCCAAGGACUGGAAGGACUUCCAGCGGAUUAUAGAGGCCAUUACCAAGCACACCCAAAUGCUGACAGCGGUGGGGCGACAUCAGGAGUCGGCGCGGUACGGAUACCUCAUUCAGGCUGUGAGUGACAAGUGGCAGAAGUCCCAGCAACAGCAGCAGCAGCAGCAACGCCCCACACCCUCCUCGGCAGCUGGGGCCGAAGCAACAGUAGAAGGCGAAGCCGCUGCUGGUGCUGGGGCUGCUUCUGACGCCUCCGCCCCAGCCUGGCAUUGGUCGCACUACCCGCGCGACCCAGAACUUCGACAAGUGCUAGAGCGGGCCCGGGCGGCGGAGCGGGCGGCUCGCUUCGACAGCGCCAUGACAUUCUACCGGGAGGUCGUCUCUAAGGCUAUUGAGAAGCAGCAGCAGAUGCCGCCGCAAGAGGCAACAAGCGGGGAUGCGGCCGAGCCCCCCGCUGGCACAACAACUGAGGCCGCUGCCGCCCUCGGCCUGGACCUGGCGGGUUGUCGGCUGCAUCUGGGGGUGUUCCUGGCGUCACGCGGAUUUGUGGAGCAGGCUGCUUGUGAGGAGGGUGAGCCCGCGGUGCAGCUAUUUGGCCAGCUGGCGGGGCGCGACAGCCUCUCCUACGCCUCCGCAGCUCACCAGGGGGCGCUGCUAUGCAAGCAUGUGUCCCAGAGCACGGAGCUACGUUCCCGGCUGCUCGCGGAGGCGUACGACAUCCUGGAGCCCCGCCUGGGCCCCUCGCAUGCCGCCACACUUGACACACUGAGGGAGAAGGCGGAGAUGACCUACUCCAGCGGUGACUUCCCGGGCGGCAUAGCGCUCUACCACCAGCUGGCAGUGCGCUUGUCGGUCGGGGCGGACCUGCUGCAGCUGGUGCCGGAUACCGGUGCUGCGGAUCCGCCUGGCGGGGUGGAGCGGGGCUCGGAGCAGGUGGUGUGGCGGCAGCAGCAGCAGCAGCAGACGUUGGUGGAGCUUACGGCAGGUGCAUCGGCGGGUGCUGCCACCGGCACCAUCGCAGCUACCGCGGCAUCCACUACAGCUGUUCAGCUGCUGAGCGCAAAGGCCGUCGAGACAUGGUUCCUGCUGGCGAGUUAUCUGGGUAACAGUGCCGGCCGGGAAGACGACAGCAUCCGGCUCGCAAGGGCGCUCAUUCCGCACAAGCGCCGGGACUACAUCCGGCGGUUACGUGAGGCCGUGGGAUCAGGCGGCGAGUACGCAUCCACUGCAGAGGCUGAGCUGCUGCGGCUGCAGCUGCCACGGCGGCGCGCAGGGGAGGAGGCUGUGGGAGGAGAAGGAGAAGGAGGAGAGGAGGUGUGGGAGCCGGAGGGCCUGGCUGACCCAGACGACCCACGGGUCGAUAUUGUCGGCAUUUGCGCCGAGCUGGUCACAUGGUCUACGGCACUGGCGAAGAAGGCCCAGCUAGAGGCUGCGGUACGGCUGCAGUGGCGGCUCGCAGACAUCUGCAGGGCCAAUCAGAUGGCGGCUACCGAGAUGCAGCUGCCUAAUGGAAAGGUCAGCACUCCGGAUGCCUACGAGCGCUGCCUCCUGCUCGACCUCUCCGUCCCUGGAGUCGCCCGAGUGGCGGCUCGCAUGCUCGCACAGCGCAACAACGGCAGCGCUACAGCCGCCACCUCCGCAACCACCGGGGCAGAUUCCGCCGUCGAUGCUCCAUCAUCCAAAUCCGCCCCAACCUCAGCAGAACCCGCAUGCGCAUCCCCUCAAAAGGCGGGCGCCGAGGGCCCCGACGGACCCCACGACGACUCCAUGUCAUCCGCGGGCUAUCUGGAGCUGAUUCAGGAGUUGGGUCGGCUGUGGGGCGCGCAGGACUACUCAGCGGCUGAGGUGGCGGCCCGGCGGAUCGUGGCGGUGCAGAGUGCGGGGCACGGGGCGGUGAGCCAAGAGGUGGUGGAGGCGCGCAGGCAGCUGGCGAGCUUGCUGCACAGCGCGGGCCGGCAGGAGGAGGGCGUUGCGGAGAUGCGGGCGGCUCUGGGAGUGCACCAGCGGAUGCUCCACGGCAAAGACCCCGGCAUGGCUCAGACACUGCAGUCGCUGGCACACAUGCUGAGUGACCGAGAGGAGGCAGAGCAGCUCUACCGCCAAGCCGUGGCGCUCGUGGAGAAGGUUCACGGUCCCGACCAUUUCGAGGUGGGCAUGGCUCUUGUGUCGCUGGGCGGAUUCCUGAUGGAGGAUGGGGAGAGGCUGGCGGAGGGGCAGCAGGCACUCAACAGGGGGCUAGCCAUCCAACAAAAGUUCCAAGAGCAGCAACAAGCGCUGGCCAAGGCCUUUUGAGGACACAUACAGCAGGUAACAAGGCUUCUGAGAGGACACAUUGCGAAGGGGUUAAAGAAGAAGAAACUCAAAGUUAAAUUCUCAAUGCCCAGAACCCAAUCACUGCUGGGCUGCAAGGGGGGCAGGGACGUACGGCGUGGAUCGUUGGAAUGGCAGCAUGGAUAGCGAUAGCGGCGGUGCAGGCUCUUUGCAGGACACAAUGCUACAGGAGCUGGAAGGGAACGUGAGCUAUGGUGGCAAGUUAUAACGCGACUCACAUUGGUCGCAUACCUUGUACGUCGCAUAUCUCGUACGAUCUGACGUGAUACAUGACGUGAUACUCGUAUAGCUGCAGUGCCCGUCUUGCUCGUAUACCUUAGACUGGUACCUGUGGCAGACCCAACUGUUACUGUCAGGAGCGUUACUGAAUGAGACCUUCUUUGUGUGAACACCCAAGCGCACACGUGAUACGGUACAGCGAGCCGUGAUACGGUACUUGUACGGAUAUAUCGUACCGUGGAUUAAUGAACAUAAUUUUAAUACCAUCCUGCAUGCAUGCAUGU